AUGGGAGAUAGAAAGGACUUUAUGAACGAAGCCUUCUGCGCCGGACUUAUUACACUUGGCGCAGUCGCUGUAUCUGUAGUAAGCAAAAAAAUUGCAGGUGACAGUCUUGGAGUACCUAGUAGUCCGAAAGGAAUUCUAAAACUAGCCGUAGCCCUUGGAGUCGGUGCGGUUGGAAUUCACUACCUACAAUUCAAAAAACUAGUACCGGAUGAUCCAUUUAAAUAA